GUUUCCUGAGAGGAGGAUAAAAAGAGAGAGAGAGAGGAGACCCCGGGGUGGGCUGCUGCAAGCGGCGGGCAACACCGAGCCAUGGAGGGCGAUGUGCGUGUUCGUGCAGUGGUGUUGACACGUGAUGACUCCAGUGGCGGUUGGGUGCCCCUUGGAGGUGGCGGCCUCAGUCACGUGGUCAUAUGUAAGGGGCGGAGUCAUGAAGGCAGGGGGCGGAGAGAGUACAUCAUACGUGGAGAGCGGCUGCGAGAUCGAGCACCGGUGCUGGAGUGUGCAGUGCAGAGGGGGCUGGUGUAUAACAAAGUGAACCCCAUCUUCCACCACUGGCGAGUGGAGGAUCGCAAGUUUGGCCUUACGUUCCAGAGUCCUGCUGAUGCCAUCUCCUUCGAGAAGGGGCUGCAGACUGUCAUAGACAAGCUGGACAGAGGCUCUGAUUCGCCCUCCUCCUCCACACCAGAAGAGGGAGACACGGAGGAUGAUGGCCAAGCUUCCCAUACAGGAAGUGAGUCGUCAUCCAGCAGUAGGAAGGAGAUGCUUCCCAAACCCAUCACCAUAGUGACAAGUGAGUCGUCCUCAACCUGCUUUGUGCGGUCAGAGGAGUUUAGCUUUGGAUCCAGCCAAGCUGUCACCACUCAGACACCCGUUCAGAUCCACGCUAGGCCGGGACAGCACCAGCUCUCGCAAGUAACGGCUGUGUUGAACCCCCCGGCGCCCCCGCCCCCUCCUCCUGCUCUGCCGACUCCUCCCGUCGCCCCUCCCGCCUCAUCUCCUCUGUCCCCUCUCUCGCCCACCAUUUCUCUGCUGGCGGAGGGAGACCUGCACAGUCUGGACCCUUGCAAAGACCUGUGGGGCUCCCUAGGUUACGGGGACUACCGGCGGGCGGGGGUCGGGGGGCUGACUGGGGGUGUGGUUGUGAGUGGUGGAGGGAGCCUGCAGGACAAGUCAGAGCUGUGCGUGGUCCGCUUCGAGAAGGAGCUGGCGGGGGUGGGGACGGCAGGCUGCGAAGUGACGGUGAGCCUGGACAGUAAAGCCUCCCAGCGUCUGUCCUCGUCCUCGCCCACCUGCAUGUCCAUGCCCAACGCCGUGUCGGGCGUGUCCUCAGGUGCCGGCUCUCCACAGGAGACGGGUAAAGGCUCACCCUCUCCCUGCUGCAUCCACACCUCGCUGGCCACACCUCGAUCGCGGACUCAUAAGAGAGGGGGAGGGGCCGGCGGCGGCGGAGACCCCGGGGCGAUCUCCCCCGACGACGACAGCCCGUGUCCUCAGGGCUCGUCCUCGUGCUCGUCUCGCUGUGUGUACUGCCGCUCCGUUUUCAGCGCUUCGGAGAACGGGCGGGGCCGCUGCAGAGACGCCCCGGACCCGGCCCUGCACUGCCUCCGCCAGUGGACCUGUGUGUGGUGUGCGGAGAGUCUGCUCUACCACUGCAUGUCGGACUCUGAGGGGGAGUUCUGGGAGCCUUGCUCCUGUGAGGACUCGAUGGGGGGUCACCCGCACCCCCUGUGCUGUGCCCGCUGGUUGGCCCUCCUGGCCCUGUCGCUCUUCGUGCCCUGCAUGUGCUGCUACCUGCCUUUGCGCGCCUGCCUGCGGUGUGGGGAGAGGUGUGGCUGCUGCGGGGGAAAGCACAAGGCGGUCCGAUGA